AUGGCCAUCGGAGAUAGUCUGCGUGAUCAUGACGGACAGGGUUUUCCCAGGCUCCGUAAACGUGCAUUAGCCACGACACGUGUUGAAGGGCUGGUCCGGCGGUACCUGGUGCUGGGGCGACGAUGGGGGCCGAAAUUUCACACCCGGGAGGACGAUUCCGGAUCCAACUUGGACGGGCACCUGCAGGUGUCACUGGGCUCCCACGAGCUGCUCAGCCUCGACGGAGCGGCUGAGGCGGCUUUUAACGUUCAGGGGGCAGCCGGCGAGAUGGGCGAUGGCGAGGUCAUCUUGCAGCACCAUCGAGGUAUUACGCGCACCACAGCGUCGCCGACCUGGACCUGCUGGAGAGCGCCCUUGGCAAGUCGUUGA